AUGGCAAAGGGAGCUAGGAAUGUGGGGAAAGCUAAAGCAAAGGGCAAAGUCAGGAAAUCUAGACCUUCGUCUUCUGAUAGGAUUAUCAAAACACGAUCGAUGGAUGCAAUUUUGGGGGAUGUGGAUUUAGGUAAGGAUGCUUCUCCUCCGAUAUUACGAUCUCUCCAUUCUCAGAAGCUACUGGCUAGUUCGUGUGGAGAUCAAUCAACUAGACUCGAGUCUCAUCUGACCCAGGAGAAGAAAUCUGGAAUCAAAAUUGAACCCGAGGAUAUAGUUGAGGAGAUUAGCUACAUGAAAACUUCAAUUAUUUGUUAUGUAGUUGGAUCUGAUCCUCCAAUCAGUGUUCUGGAUGGUUUUGUGAGGCGUUUAUGGAAAGAUAAUUUGGAUAAGGUAGGACUACUUUCUCAUGGAUUCUUGGUGGUGGAUAUUUGUUCUUUGGGAAAAAAACCUCUGGUUAUGAAACCAUGGAAUUCAGUGGAUGAUUUCUCUAAAGAGGAUAUUACUUCAGUACCUACUUGGGUCCAAUUUGGAGGUUUAGAUAUCAAGUAUUGGGGUGAACGGUCACUCUUUAGGAUUGUGGGGCAGAUAAGGAGACCAAUUCAAGUUGAUAACAUUACAAAACAUAGGGAUAGGCUUUGUUACCCUAGAAUCCUGAUUGAGGUUAGUAUGGAUCAGGAUUUUCCAGCUAGAAUUGGGUUCAUGAAUGAAUUUGAUCAGGAAAUUGAACUUCAAGUGCAGUAUGAAUGGGUUCCCAUUGUAUGUCAACAUUGUUCUGGUUUUGGACAUGAGACUCAGUUAUGCAGGAAGAAACAAUAG